ACGCGACCAAGCGAACGCGACAGCCCCUCGGUGACGUUAGUCCGCACACUCUGGGCGGGGCUCCGAUGUUUUGACGUCAUCACGCUCAGCGUGCCGUUCUUCCUGGUUCCUCCCCACCCACUCUGGACACAUCGCUCCUGCACUUCCUCAAUCCCGGGGAAAAUCUUUGUGUUCGGUGUGAGAGGAUCAAAUUUUAUAAAAGAAUUGUAACCUAACUCUAGUAACGAUGUCGAAACCACCACCUAAACCAGCCAAGCCAGGUCAAGUGAAGGUUUACAGAGCUCUGUUUGCAUUUGAACCCAGAACACCAGAUGAAUUAUAUUUUGAUGAAGGGGACAUACUUUAUAUUUCAGAUAAUAGUGAUCCCAAUUGGUGGAAAGGCACAUGCAGAGGUCGAACAGGAUUAAUUCCAAGUAACUAUGUUGCUGAGCAUGUAGAGUCAAUUGAUAACCCAUUACAUGAAGCUGCCAAACGUGGGAAUGAAAGCUGGUUAAAAGAAUGUUUAGAUAACAGAGUUGCAGUGAAUGCUUUGGACAAAGCUGGAAACACAGCUCUCUAUUGGGCUUGCCACGGAGGACACCUGGGAAUAGUGAAGCUUCUGCUUUCCCAGCCAAAUAUUGAAUUAAAUCAACAGAAUAAACUGGGAGAUACAGUUGUGCAUGCCGCUGCAUGGAAGGGAUAUGAAGAUAUCCUAGAGUUGUUGCUUUUGAAAGGUGCCAGAAUAGAUCUGAAAAACAAUGAGAAAAAAGUGCCGCUUGAUAUGGCUACCAAUCCACAAUGUUCUUCUCUUCUUAAGAAGAAAUCUGGUCAAGGUAUCAUAAGGACUGCGAGUAAUGCAGAGGAAUACCUUGAUGAUGAAGACUCUGAUUGAAACACAUUCCAAAGUUAGAGCAUCAAACCCCUGGUUUGUUUGUUGUUUUGCUUGCAGUUUUAUGAUAACAACAUGAUUAUCAUGGAAUUGUUAUACUUUCGUGCUGAUCAUGUGAUUUCCGUUUGGGCAAGUGCUAUGAUUUUCUCAACGCUAACCCCCUUCCACCAUCCCCUCACCCUACCCCAUCCCCACCCCAAAUAGAAAUGAGCUUGUGCUGCAAGAUUUUUAUUUGAAGAAUUAGAUUGAUAGCAAUUGAAUUCAUUUGAAACAUAAAAGAUAUGGAUUUUAAAGCACAAUUUAUAAACAAAAUCCCCAUCCUGAAAAUCAUUUAAUUGGAGAAUAUUUCUAAAUAUAUCCAGCCUGACAAUCAGAAUUAAUUUGUUUGAAAACUACUUAUUUUGCUUUUUUUCACCAAAGCAGGUUUAUGUACGUAUUUAAUACAGGAUGCCAUGAAAUGUUUGUUCUCUGGUUUGUCUUAUCAGCACAAGGCACAAACCAAAACAUUUAUUUUCCCCUAAAUAACUCUUAAAGCUCUAACCCUAGCUGCAGCAAACCAAAAUAUGACUAUUCUUUGCAUAAAAAAAAUUAAUGGGUACUUUAAAACAUAAUAGGAAUUAUCAUAUUUCACAAUACAUCCUCACAUGGCAAUUAAAUUUACUUACCACAACCCACUUACAACUACUGCCAUAAUUCUGCUGUGUUUGGAUGUUUUUACAGCAGUAUUCUGUGCGUCCUGUGAAGAAGUGCCUUGUUAAGAAUGACAACUGCAAACAUGAACUUUUUACUGUAUGAGAUAAUUACUCAUGUGGCUCCUUAAUUUUCUUCUGAUAGCUAUGCUAGAUAAAGCUGAUGCAAAAACAAAAUGGCAUUUUGCUACUGGCUUUCUGAAAAUGGUGGACUGGCAGCUCAGAUGAUUUAGUGGAGAGUAUUAUGGUAUAUUAUUGGCUUCUCACAUUUAAACAGCAAUUAUUUUACAAUGUAUCAUUGCGUACUUCCACCAAAUAAUUGUGAAAAAUUUUCAUUAGGAAUAAGUAAAAGACCAUUUCAUUUGAUUUGUGGCAUUUUUUUAGUUUUGCAUAAGUCUGAUUUAGCAUUAAGAUGCUUUUUUUCCCCACAGUACUUCUAGUCAUCAUUAAAUAGAGAAAAAAGUGUAAAUACUUUGAAUACCUAUGUCUGGAUGCAUGAACAUCGGUUGAAAUGUAAAACGAGCCAUUAGAUUUGGCCAUGAUUUGAAUACUGUACUUUUUACCUCAUGUUAAAUAUAUAUUAUUGAAAAAUUGUACUAAGCAAUAUACUGUAACUUUUCACUCUUGUCUAGCUUUGGAACAAAGAGAAGUCUAAUUUUUGCCCAAUUUCCAAUCUGUUUAGUAUGCAGGCACUCACCAAAACUGAGAAGUACACAAUGGCAUAGCUUGAUUUGAGGAAGGUUCUGACCAGGCCAAAUGCUUGGCCUCAUUAAACGAAAACUAAUUUAAAAAAUGGAAUAAAGGAAAUGCUUCAGAUAUCUCUGUAAAAUAGUGUCCUGCCCUGCUGGUAUUACUCACAUUAGUAUGCAUCUUAUCAUUUGGUCAUCACUGCACACUUGUUAAUUUUUAUCUUUUAAUUGGUUUCAUCAGUUAUGAGAGCUGAAAUCAUAAGCAUGGAAAAUCAAAGGAUUACAAAUUUGAUCUGUGACAUGGAACAAAAGCUAAAUUUUCAGAGAUUGCUUAUUGCUUUGUGAUUCAGUAUAUUUUUAAUCGUUAUGCUUGAAUCCAAUGAAAAUUAGUGAAAAAUGUAAAUUGUAAUUUUAAAUAUUAGGUGUGAAUAUAUUCCUCUAAUGAAUUUAAGAUUUUGAGCACUAAAUAAUCUUUGCUGCUAUUGAAUUUCAGGUCCAUCAUUUGUCACAAAAAAACUUUAAGUGCAAUUUAAAUAUUUUGCAACAUAAUUUAAUGUAUGAUGUCAUAGAAUUAUCGCUCCUGCACAUGGAAUAAAAUUUGAUAACAUAGAAA